UUCCUUCCGGAAAUAGCAUCAAGAAGAAGAAAGCGAGAAACGGUGAGGAGAACACAAAGCCCAACCUAAAAAACAUAGAGAUGGGAGACAGUGAUGAUGAGUAUGAUCGCAGGAGAAGAGACAAGUUUAGACGAGAGAGAAGUGACUACGACCGAUCCAGAGAGAGAGAAGACAGACGAAGAGACGACUGGAAUGACAGGGAGUGGGACAGGGGUAGGGAACGUCGUAGCCGUGGAGAGUAUCGGGAUUAUGACAGAGGUCGCAGAGAGAGAUUCUCCCCACCCAGACAUGACAUGAGUCCUCAACAGAAACGCAUGAGAAGAGACUGGGAUGACCAUGGUGGAGACCCUUACCGUGGUGGGUACGACUUGGGUUACGGUGGUGGAGGGCCCAGUUAUGGCCCACCACAGCACUGGGGCCACCCUGACAUGCACCUCAUGCAGCCUCAUCAUGGUAUCCCCAUACAAGCAAGGCUGGGUAACAUCCAUGACAUGGAUUUAGGUCCUCCCCCUCCCAUAAUGAAGAGCUUUAAGGAGUUUCUGCUGUCAUUGGAUGAUUCUGUGGAUGAGACUGAAGCUGUCAAACGCUACAAUGAGUACAAGAUCGACUUCCGCCGUCAGCAGAUGCAGGACUUCUUUUUGGCUCAUAAAGAUGAGGAGUGGUUCAGGUCCAAGUAUCACCCAGAUGAGGCCAGCAGACUGAAGGCAGAGGCUCAGAGCUCUCUGCACAACCGGCUCAAUGUCUUCAUGUUCCUGAUGGAGAACAGCUGGUUUGAUAACGUCUCCCUGGACAUUGAACAGGCCCCGGCCAUCAUCAAGGUUCUGGACGCAGCUGUGAUAAAGAUGGAAGGAGGCACAGAUCACGAUCUUCGCAUCCUGGACCUGCCAUCUGAAGAGGAGGAAGAGAGGGAGAAGUCCACUUCUGCUUUAGGAGGAGCUGAACCUCCAAAGAGAGAAGACCUCAAAACCUCGGAGAGUGACCGCAAACCUUCAGUAGAGAAAGACAAGAGCGAGAAGGAGGAGAGCGACUCCGCCAGCACUGAGAGACCCGCUACAGCUGAAGGGGAGGAUGUGAAGGAAGAGGCAGAGAAAGAGGCUGUCAAAGAGGAAAUACCCGAACCCAAGAAACCAAGAAGAAAGAGGAAGCGCAGUGGGGACAGUGAUGAUGAAGCCAGCGCCUCUGAGAGUGACUCUGACUCUGAUUCAGACUCAAAUUCAAACUGCUCUGAUAAACCUGUGAAGAAGGAAGAGGAGACGGAAGACAAGGAGGAAGAGGAAGAGGAAGGUGAAGAAGAGACACCGAAGGAGAAUGCUGAAGAGGACAAAAAAGAAGAAAAGAAGCCGAAAGAUGACUCUCCCAGACCGCGGCCUCUCCACAGGACCUGCUCCCUCUUCAUGAGGAGCAUUGCUCCCUCCAUCUCCAAAGCAGAGAUCAUUGCCCUCUGUCGGCGAUACCCUGGCUUUCUGCGUGUCUGCUUGUCUGACCCCCAUCCAGAGCGAAGAUUUUUCAGACGUUGCUGGGUGACAUUUGACCGCAGCGUCAACAUCAAAGAGGUUUGCUGGAACCUUCAGAAUAUCCGACUGAGAGACUGUGAACUGGCACCGGGGGUGAACAGGGACCUGGCCCGGAGGGUGCGUAACGUUAAUGGCAUCACUCAGCACAAGCAGGUGCUCCGCAAUGACAUUAAGCUGGCCGCCAAACUCAUUCAUGCCCUCGACGAGAAAGGAGACCUAUGGAGCAUCAAGUUCCAGGAAGAGGGGCAGAGCACAGAGUUGCCGGCUCAGAACCCGAUCCUGAAGAAUAUCACAGAUUACCUGAUCGAGGAGGUGAGCGCUGAGGAGGAGGAGCUGCUGGGCUCUGGGAGUGGGCUAGAUCCUGAGGAGGGCGCCAAGGAGGGAAACCCUGCUGAGAUCACUGUGGAGAGGGAUGACAAGCUAGCGAAGGUUUUGGAUCGUCUGCUUUUGUACCUGCGUAUUGUUCAUUCCAUUGACUACUACAACACCUGUGAAUACCCCAGUGAGGAUGAAAUGCCAAAUCGCUGCGGCAUGAUCCACGUUCGUGGACCCAUCCCCCCAAACCGUAUUACUCAUGGAGAAGUGCAACAGUGGCAGAAGAUGGUGGAGGAGAAGCUGAGUCCUCUGUUCAGUUUAAAAGAAAUCCUGUCAGAGGAAGAGGCAGGAAAGAUGGGCCGCAAAGAUCCUGAAGAAGAGGUGGAGAAGUUUGUGUCUGCCAAUACUCAAGAACUGGGAAAGGACAAAUGGCUGUGCCCACUGAGUGGCAAGAAAUUUAAGGGUCCAGAGUUUGUACGAAAGCACAUCCUGAACAAACACGGAGACAAAAUUGAGGAGGUGAAAAAGGAAGUGGCAUUCUUCAACAAUUUUCUGAUGGAUGCAAAGAGACCAUCGCUGCCAGAGAUCAAACUGCCUCCUCUUCCAGGCCCAGGUUUGCUUUCUCCCAACAUGCCGUUUCCUCCUCAAGGUCCUCAGGGCCCGAUGGGCUUUGGGCAACCUCGUCCCCCACUGAUGGGCUACGGAGGUGGCCCGCCUUACCCCCCUAACCAGUACGGAGGAGGAGGAAGAGGCAACUAUGACAACUUCCGCGGACAAGGUGGCUACCUGGGGAAGCCACGCAACAUCAGGUGAGAAAACAAAUGUCCCGAGGCGACCCACGCAACAUCAUCGAAUAUCGAGACCUGGAUGCACCAGACGACAUGGACUUCUUUUGAAAGGUUCACUCAGUCCUCUCUCUUGACUAAUGUUGUAAUGUGAUUGUUUUGUAGUGAUGAUUAGGUCAUUUAUUUUCUAAAUAUUGUGCAGCUUGAACAAACUGAUGUAAACUGGUUCCUCAAUAAAGUUGUGAUCUAACUACA